CACUUCACUUUACUCUAUGGUUUCUGCUGCUGCCUUCAACAAACAAUCCUUCCACCCAUUUCCAGUGAUUUUCAAGCCGUUUGCUACAAAUAUCUAACAGAAAUGACAUCGAAAACCGAAAAGGACCGGGCCAAACAGAUCCAGGACCGAUGUCAGAACAUAUUGAUGGUUAUGCUGAAGGACGAAGACAACAAAUAUUGUGUUGACUGUGAUGCUAAAGGGCCGCGCUGGGCGUCAUGGAACCUCGGUAUAUUCCUGUGCAUCCGCUGCGCCGGCAUCCACCGGAACCUGGGCGUGCACAUCUCCAAGGUCAAGAGCGUCAACCUCGACUCCUGGACCCCGGAGCAAGUGGUAUCCCUCCAACAAAUGGGUAACUCCCGCGCGCGCGCCGUGUACGAGGCCAACCUGCCGGACUCGUUCCGUCGGCCUCAGAACGACUCCUCUCUGGAGGCCUUCAUCCGCGCCAAGUACGAGCAGAAGAAGUAUAUCGCCAAGGAGUGGGUGCCGCCCAACCCGCCUAAGGUCAACUGGGACAAGGAGAUAGAUGAGGAAAUGGAGAGGCAGAAGCGGAAAAAGAAGUCGACCUCGUCGGGACUGGGCCCGCUGCCCGCGCCCACCAACGACAAGAAAUACAACAAAUCGGACGUAAUUCCGAGCAUACCAAAGCCCAAAUCAUCGGUCAGCCCAAAGCUGGGCCGGAGCACGCCCACAGCCCAAGCGGAACCCUCCAAGCCCACCAGCUCCGCUGACCUCCUCGGGCUGGACACCUCCAAACCCGAAGCGAAGCAAGAUGACAUCUUCUCCAGCUUUUUCUCCGCUCCCCAGGAACCUGUCGAGCCUCCUAAAGAAGUCAAACCCGACUUAAAGGCAGAGGAAGAAAAUUUCUUCAAACAGCCCGCACCGACUGAAAAGGAAAAGAACAAAUUAACUAAAGACAGUAUCCUAGCUCUAUAUAGUAAGACUCCUUCUAAUUUAGCCAGCCAAUUCAAUCAGCAAAGCUUCAACGCGCCGGCGCAGAGCCAGUUCAGCCAAAGCUUUAAUCAACCAGCUCAGUUCAAUCAGCAACCAGCUAAUCAGUUCAGUUCAAGCAAUUUUAAUCAAUCACAGUUCCCUCAACAGCAAAAUCAGUUCGGUUUCGCUAACGCGUUCCAAACGCAGCCUUUCAACAAUGCGCCUCCACAAAAUGGGAUGCAACAGGCACAACAACAACAAUUUAAUCAGUUUCAAUCGAUGCCCGGCCAGUUUCAACAGCCCUUCGGACCACAACAACAGUUUAACGCCCAGCAAAGUUUCCCUCAAAAUAACCAAUUGUUCAACCAGCCUCAACAACAACCGUUGUCUCAGCAAUUCGGCUCCUUAAACUUAGGCCAGGGUUUCUCUAGCGCGUUUCCGAACGCCAAUGUUGCCAGCAAUAGCACUUGGCAGUAACUUGUUUUUAAAGACGUUCCUACACGUUAUUUUUUUUAUGUGAUAGUUUGUUUUAUCUAUGGAGCAUUUGUUAUCUGUGCAAUGGAGCCGAUUUUUUCCGAUUGUACUGGAGGACAAUAAUAUGGAUACAUGUAGUUGCGAAUUUGCCGUAAGAAUUAUUUAGCUCGUUAAUGUAUUGCUAUUAAAGACAUGACUAACUCAAAAAUGCUCUGGAUAUUAUAUCAAAAAGUACGCAACGCGCUCGAGAACAGUACUCUUGAAAAAAAAAUGCUUGACUAUAAAGUCGGUUUACGGACGAUAAUUUUGCGUGAUAACGUCAUAAGAAAACGUGGCUGUAACGUUACCAUGGAGGUCUGUCCACAACUUGACACUUUUUCGUGUACGCUACCGGUGUUCAUCGAUUUAUAAGACGUUAUCAAGGCAAAAAAAUCACGAGAAAUGUUUAGAUCUCUCUAUAUUUUAACAUAUCGUGUUAAGCGACUGUCAUCUGGAGUAUUUUGUGAUGUCCUAUAUUAUAACUAAUCGGUGAAUUCGCAUAUUGUCAAGGAUUGUAAAUAAUUACAAGCAAACUUACUUUUUAAUAAGAGGUGUAAGUAUUGGUCCUUAAUUUGUGAUUCACAUUAGACGUGUCACAUUUCUGGUUAGCACUUUGGAUCUAACGCACUGUAUAUUGUGUUCGUGUAUUUAUAUUAAUUAAUGUAAAUUCUGAAAGUACCCUAAUAAUGGGGUUGGCCGGUGGAAGUUUUUAGCAGAUGGCGCCAUUAUAGCUUGCCCCGUCAAUCCCUAGAAUUAUGUCAAAUUUUUGUUUUUUUAAUACCCUGGAUGCCAGCCCUUUAAGCCAAAUCUCAUAGAAAAAGGGGCAAGCUAUGAUGGCGCCAUCUUUGCAAACCUUUGACAGUUGCCAACCCGAAUACCUACACUUCAUAUACUUAUGUCAGAUUUGCCGAGAUACUUAGAUGCAAUAAUGGGGUAACUAUGGAAAAGAAGAUAUUUAGAAAGUCGCAAAUGUCUUCUAAACUUAUAUUAAAUCAAAAAGUUUCAAUGUUGUCAUCGAAUAUUGUUCAUCUAGAAUAUUUUUAAAUAAACAUAUUGUAUAUCUAAUACCUUUCAACGAGCAGUUCUUGUUUAUUUAGCUAUAUUUCGGGGCUCUCGGAAACGGCUCUAACGAUUUCGAUGAAACGUGCUAUAUAGGGGUUUUCGGGGGCGAUAAAUCGGUCUAGCAAGGUCUUAUCUCUGGGGAAACGCUCGUUUUUGAGUUUAUAUAUUUUUUCCGAGCAAAGCUCGGUCUCCCAGAUAUUGGUUUUUGAAAUGAUCCCCUUUUCCGAAGUUAACCCAAUACAUAUUGUGAUGACUAGCAUUUCUUGAGAGAAAUAGUUUGAUGACGCAUGGUUGGUGCCUUUCGUUAUCACAAGGAAUACUUAAAUUUUAUACUUACCUACACAUGUUAUUCGGUUGGCGGGCCUGUGGUUCAUACGUUGAUAAAAUUCAAUACAAGUUUGAAACACGAAAAAGAUUGGUCUCGAAGUGUUAUCGCUAACGCUGCGUAGCGAACGAAACGCAACUGUCACUGUCACACUAAUAUGGAAGAGUGAUAGAGAGACACAAAGUGAUUCGAUGGCAAAGCAAAGCGCAAGCGAUUGUCACCUUGGCUAGGCUGACAGACCCCGCAUAGCCAAAAUAAAAUGUGUAGGUCUGUGUUUUACAGAAUAGAUUAAUAGUUUAUUUUUUAAGUAAACGUGGAAGUUAAGAACCUAUUAACCUCGUCGUCUUAAAAUUGUAGUCAUUAUUGUACUUCUAAAAUCGCCCUUUAUGUGUGCCGCCAACUUGUAUAAAAUGCUGACAAGUCUGUCAGUUAGAACAAAAUUUUGACAGUUCCGAACAACUGACAGGCCGAUACCGUCCGGCGGACUGUUAAUCAGUGGGCCCCUUAAGUUAUAAUUAUAACUGUUACACUUGAGGAACUGUCAAUUGCUCAAAAAACUGCUAUCCAUCCAAUAGCAAUCUCGGCAUUUCGGGGUUGGUCUCAUAGUAAAAGUUGCUCAGUAUAAUCCCAAAACUAUUUUGGAACCUCUGUAUAUCAUCCUCAUAUUAUUAAAUCAAAAGUUGGUAGCUCAGAUCUCGGGUGUGAUCAAUGAUUACUAGUUUAUAGGUUCGAUGCUAUGAUAUAAUUUAAUUCAGUAUUUGAGUCCAUAAUUUUUUUAUAUUUAUUUUAUAAAUUGGAUUAAAUAAAUUUUAUUUACAAUUAUUUUCGACUGAA